GUUUUUCUCAGAAAACUGUGACUUUUGCGCUUACGCUAGUAAUGACUGAAGUUUAAAUGAAAGUUCAUUAACGGUUAAUUUUUCAACAACAUUAGGAGUCAUCAAGUUAAAAUGAACUUUUUCGGGUUCGGCUCGGGUGCUGAAAUCGAAAUACUUCUGGACGGAGCAGAUAAAAGGAAAAAAGUGGAACACAAAAUAUCAGAAAAUAAAUCCGAAGAACUUUCUGUAUAUUAUGAUGGUGAAACGGUUUCUGGUGCUGUCAGUAUCUCAUUGAAACCUGGUGGUAAACUAGAACACAAAGGAAUCAAAAUAGAACUAAUAGGACAGAUAGAAAUAUUAUACGACCGUGCUAACCAACACGACUUUGCCACGCUCACCAAACAGCUUGCUAGUCCUGGUAUUCUUAACCAAAGCAAGGUUUAUGCUUUCGAAUUUCCUCAUGUAGAGAAACCGUAUGAAUCUUAUUUCGGUUCAAAUGUGAGACUCAGGUAUUCCCUGAAAGUAACGGUGGGUAGAAGACUUACAGAUCUUAACAAAGAACUUGAAUUUGUCGUCCACACACUGAGUACUUACCCUGAUACAAACACAAGUAUUAAGAUGGAAGUUGGAAUUGAAGAUUGUCUUCAUAUUGAAUUCGAAUACAACAAACAAAAGUAUCACCUCAAGGAUGCUAUCAUAGGCAAGAUAUACUUCCUUCUUGUGCGAGUAAAGAUCAAACAUAUGGAGAUGCAUGUUAUAAAGAGAGAGACCACCGGCACUGGUCCAAGUGUCUACCAUGAUGAUGAUACCGUUGCAAAGUUUGAAAUCAUGGACGGGGCGCCUGUUAAAGGAGAAUCAAUUCCGAUCCGUCUCUUCCUCGGAGGUUAUAACCUUACUCCAUCGAUGCGGGACAUCAAUCGGAAGUUUUCAGUCAAAUAUUUUCUUAACCUGGUUUUAAUUGAUGAGGAAGACAGAAGAUAUUUCAAACAACAGGAAAUUAUCUUAUGGAGGAAAGGAGACGUCCCGCGUCGGCAAAUAAACAGCGCGAUUGAAGAAUCCACCCAACGGUUCGGCGCGUAACUUACCCUUGAUUUGAACUUGCGGGCAAACGACCAACUUGCUCAAACAUUGAAGAAACAACAAUAGCAGAAACGACGUACAGACAACCCACCCUUUUCACUUCAUAACCAUUUUCAUAUAAACCCAUCUAUCCUCUAUUAAGCCACGAAUCGACCGAUAUCUAUACUCGAAUCAGGCGUGUGAUUUCCUUGAUUCUUCGACUUAAAACAGAGGUGUUAACGAUUUCACCACAACUCAUACCACCAUCUAAAAUCAUCUAUUCGGUUCGUGAUAUAAGAGCAAUUUUGUUCACCCGGUUUUAAAAUGCAGACCGUUACUUUAAGUUGCUGAUUUAUUUAUCAUUUUCGGUAAUUAGCGAUUCAUACUAUUUACCUAACUCUCAUAAUGCGUAAGAAUUCAUCCAAUCAAAAAAUCCAGUCGAUUCAGAUUCAUAACAUAUAUACAAUAUAUUCCACCGAAAUACCAGAAAAAACAAAAUUAAAUUCCUACCUAAUUACGCGAUAUUUCAACGGCUUUCCCUUAAACCGAGCAUAUUUUGCUCGGUCCUGUAAUCUGCGGUUCUAAUUGAACGGUCAUUUACGAACAAUGUGUUUCUUAUCGCAGUGUGCAAUGUUGAUUCGAGUUGUGUUGUAAUUAAUGUAUCUGUGUUAUACCCGUGCGGCGAAUAAACGCCCAACGCGUCGGUUGCUGGCCUUUCGUCGAUUCCCGAACAACAAUAAACGAUUGCCGGUUA